AUGUCACCCGGUUGUAAUAAGAAACUUAAAGAAGAGGGAGGAUCACUCAUUUGUACUAAGUGUCAAAAGCCGUAUACUAAGGGUACAGUCAAGUAUAAAGUGGUGAUCAUUGCUCUAGACAAGAGUGGAGAUGUUCCGCUCUUGCUUUGGGAUAGAGAAGUGGCAGAACUGGUGCGGAUCCCUGCUUCUCUUUUGUAUCAGAAAUACAAGGAGGUUGAUGUUGAAGUACCCCUUGAGUUGGAUGCUAUUGUGGGAAUGAAAAUACUGUUUAAAAUAGGUUUUAAACAGGCUCUAAAGAGGGGUAUUAAUUCUCCAUUCAAUGUGUUGAGGCUGGUAAGGGAAGAUUUGCUGAAAACCUAUAGUGACAGAUUUGUGGAGCAUCAAGAGCAGGAUUUAAUGUCAAGGAUGCUUGAGGAGGAAACAAACACUCAUGAAAAUUCUGAAGAAGCAUCUAUUGGAGAAGAGGUUAAUAGUCCUGCAUCUGUGCAGCCCUCUCAAAAGGAUGUGGAUGAUGUUGUCAAUUCAGUAACUACUAAAAGGUCACUUUUGGAUGGGGUUUCUUCAUCCAAAAGUGAGAAUUUAGAAAAUUCAUCAUCAACAAAUAAUGAUGCUCAAGGUACAGAGCAAAGUACUGCAAGUUGUAGCGCACAAGAUAAAGUAGUCAUGCGUCAACCUUUACAUAAGGCGACAACUGAAGAAGAUCAUGUCGUAAAUAGAGACUUGCUAUCGGCGUUUGAAGAGAAAUCUAUCCCUUUACUUAUUGAAAUAGCCAAUAAUGGCAAAACAGAUUUGGGUCUAACGAUUGAGGAUGGACGGCGACACUCCGAUAUUGCAACAUCCUCUGGGUUUGCAUAUGGUGUUGGUGAGCAAGAUGACAUUCAUGUAGAAAUAGUGAAUGUCAUUCAGAGGGAGCUAGAUAAUAAUAAUGUUUUGGUUAAGUCAUUUCGGAUGGCUAUGUCUGAGCUUAAUAGUAAUCCAUGCGCUGAAGUGAAGAUUAAGUUGUUGGGAAAGCGCACUAAAGAUGCCAGGACAUACAAUCUAUCGCAAGUGUCUGAAGUAGCAGCUUUAAUAGUUGGAGAUCUUGAUACUAGUAUUGGUGAGCGUCAUAUUGUGGUUCAAACUAAGGGUGGGAAACUGCAGAGAAUCAGUGAAUUAAAUCCUUCUUACCUGCCACUGCAAUACCCGUUGUUGUUUCCAUAUGGUGAAGAUGGUUAUCGGGAAGACAUUGCAUUCUUGAACGUACUCGGCAACCGUUCCUCUGGUGGUAGACACAGGAUUAGCCCAAGGGAGUUUUUUUGCUAUCGCAUACAGUCUAGAAAUUCUGUUCAGAGUACCAUUCUAUUUGCAAAGCGGUUGUUCCAACAGUUCGUUGUCGAUGGAUACACAAUGGUUGAGUCAGGAAGACUCAUUUAUAUCAGGACACACCAAAAAAGCCUAAGGUGUGAAACAUAUAGUGGGUUGAUCGAUGCUUUAACCAGGGGCGAAGUAGACCCAGCAGCACAAGGUCGGAGAAUAAUACUACCUUCAAGUUUUACAAGCAGAGCUCGAUACAUGAUACAAAACUAUCAGGAUGCCAUGGCAAUAUCUGAUUGUCGAAAGAAUAAACUUUUUGGCUCUGUGGCUGGAGUUAUAUAUACCAUUGAGUUCCAAAAGAGAUGUCUUCCGCAUGCUCAUAUACUGCUUUUUUUGGAGAAAACUAAAGAAGUUAGUCAAGUGGUUACUCUAGACAAAAUCAUUUCCGCUGAGAUACCAGAUGAAAAUACAGAUGUAGAAUAUUACAAAUCUGUAGAGGAAUUUAUGAUGCAUGGUCCAUGUGGAAAAAGCAAGGAGCAAUUCUCCAUACGGGGAGACAACGGCCGUAUAGUUACAAAGAACGGCAUCGCGUUGGACAACAGAUAUGUGGUACCGCACAAUAGACAUUUAUUACUUAAGUACGAGGCUCAUAUAAAUGUUGAGUGGCGCAACCAGUCCCGCUUAAUCAAGUAUGUUAACAAGGGUCAUGAUCGGGUAACAACCGAAUUCUACAAAACUAGAAAUUAUGAAGAGAAUGGAAAAGUCAUAGAUGGGAUUAAUAUGUACUAUGACUAUGAUGAUCCUGUUGAGAACACUGUUAAUAGACCCACUAUAGCACAGAGCAUGUUCUUGGAAUGGUUUGAGGCUAAUAAGACAUUCCCAGAUGCAAGAGAGCUUACUUAUGUCGAGAUGCCAACAAGAUUCGUGUGGAAGAAAGACCUUAUAAAAUGGCAGCCACGGAAAAAAGGGUUCUCAAUCGGAAGGAUCUUCUAUGUCCCGCCUGCGACUAGAGAAAUCUUUUAUUUGAGAUGUUUGUUGAAUAAAAUACGUGGCCCUACAAGUUACGCAGAUAUCAGGACUGUAAACGGUGUCCAUUAUGCCUCAUUUCGAGAUGCGUGUUAUGCUAGAGGUUUAGUUGAUGAUGAUAACGAAUAUGUUGAUGCAAUAGAUGAAGCCAGUCAUUGGGCGUCAAGAGAUCAGUUGAGGAGAUUAUUUGUUACAUUGUUAAUGAGCAGUUGCAUGGGUAAACCGGAAACAGUUUGGAAUGAUGCGUGGCCACAAUUGUCUGACGAUGCACAAUUCCAGAUCCGCAAACAAUUGAAAAAUAGAGAUUUUGUGUUGACUGACUCUCAAAAGAUGAACUUUGCUUUAGUGGAGAUUGAAAAGCUGUUAUCAAUUCAUGGCUUAUACAAGAAGAAUUGUCAUAUAACUGUGUGGAUCAGGAGAAAAGAUAACCAGGAAUUGGUAAGCCAGUUAACAGAAGAGCAAAAGGUCAUAUACAAUGAGGUGUUAACAGAUAUUGAUCGCAAAGCUGGUGGGUUAUUCUUCGUUUAUGGUUAUGGAGGGACUGGUAAGACGUUUUUGUGGCGAGCAUUGUCCUCCGCUUUUAGGUCUAAGAGGGAAAUAGUGUUAAAUGUUGCAUCUAGCGGCAUAGCUUCGCUUUUAUUACCAGGUGGAAGAACUGCACAUUCUCGGUUUGCUAUACCGAUAUCUGUUAAUGAAGAUUCCACUUGCAACAUAAGUGACGGCAGUCCAUUAGCAGAGCUUAUUUUUCAAAGAAAGUUGAUAAUAUGGGAUGAAGCUCCAAUGAUGCACAAAUUUUGUUUUGAAGCCCUAGACCGAACUAUGAGGGAUUUGUUGUGUUUCAAAAAUCCAAGUAGUUAUGAAAUGACAUUUGGUGGUAAAACAGUUGUUUUUGGUGUCGUUUUCAGGCUAACUAAGAAUCUACGCCUAAGAAGUGUACAAUCACAAAUCGAGGGUAAAGAGAUUGAGGAGUUUGCAAACUGGUUAGCUAAUAUAGGUGACGAAACUGUUGGUAAUUCAAGUGAUGGUGAGUCAGAUAUUACAAUUCCAGAACACUUAUUGCUGAAGUGCGAGGAUGACCCUAUUGCUACAAUUGUUGAUAGCACAUUCCCUCAUUUUAGACUGGGUAUUGGCGAUCUGUCAUAUCUUAAUGACAGUGCUAUUUUGGCUCCAACAUUAGAUGUGGUAGAUAACAUUAACCAAUACAUGAAUUAUCAUAAUCCGGCUGAGGGUAAGACUUACUUGAGUUGUGAUUCUGUUUGUAAGUCAGAUUCAAAUGUUGAUAUGUUAGCAGAUUCGCACACUCCCAAAUUCUUGAAUGAGCUGAGAUGUUCUGGAGUACCAAAUCAUGCUUUGACAUUGAAAGUUGGGUCACCUGUUAUGCUCUUGAGAAAUAUUGAUCUCACACUCAAAUUAUGCAACGGUACAAGGUUGAUUGUUACUAGAAUAUAA